UUUUUGUUUACUAUCAGGCAAAACAGUUAAUUCGUGAUUCGGCAUGAGGACCUUUUCAGAUUCCAGUUGACAGUUUGACACAUUCAUUCAAGUUCCAUCCAUCUCUAGUCCCGUGUGGCAAGCCGUUCUACCCAGUGAACUUAAAUUCUACCACAGUCGGCGAAGAGUAAUGAUCAGUAGUGACAAUCGUAGGCCACGUAGAUAGACACAAACAUGAAAUUAAAUUAUCCAAUAUUGAUAACAGAAACUGAACAAGGCUCUGAAGGUGAAUUCGUCUACGUCCAAUCUCAAGGAAAAAAUGAAUUACUUAAAUUAAAUGCAUCCCUCAAGGCUAAGAAAAGUUUUUCAAGGGUAGUAAGCAUUUUUAAAGACAUUUUCCUCCCUCGGGGCUAUCCAGAUAGUGUUAGCAAAGACUACGUAAAUUAUCAGAUAUGGGAUACACUCCAGGCGUGCUGCAGUACAAUAACAGGGACUUUAGCAACAAAAGCUGUAUUGCAGGGAAUCGGUGUUGGUGACAGCACGGCAAAUUCGACAAGUGCUGCGGUAACAUGGGUGUUGAAAGAUGGUAUCGGUCUGUUGGCGAAGAUCGCCUUUGCAUGGGGCAUAGGCUCAGGGCUUGAUGGAGAGUGCAAAAAAUGGAGGAUGUUUGCAGAUAUUUUAAACGACACGGCCAUUUUCACAGAGUUGAUUUUCAUGACGCUUUACACAGAAUAUGCGUUUUACAUUUUGUGCUUUUCAACAUCCCUGAAAGGUCUGGUCGGCGUAGCAGGUGGGGCAACCCGUGCAGCUAUAACGCAGCAUCAGGCAGUGAAAGAAAAUAUGGCCGACGUUUCUGCGAAAGAUGGUAGCCAAGAAACUUGUGUCAAUCUUUUGACUUCCCUAAUGGGAGUCGGGCUGCUAUCAUAUUUUGGUGAUAAUAGUGCACUGUGGUAUCUGUUUGUCAUUUUGACAUAUUUCCACCUGUAUUGCAAUUAUAAGGCUGUGAAAGCACUGAACUUCAAUUUUUUCAACAAUGAACGUCUUGUUAUUUUCUUGAAGAACUAUUUCUUGUCUGAUAUUGCUCUUCCUCCGCAAGAAGUCAAUGAAAGGGAAUCUGUUUUACUUGGAGCCGGAGAAUCAGAUAGUAGCAUUUGUGGCCAUAAAAUCAAAAUAGGGUGUUCAUUGGAUAAAAUAACAAGCAAGAAACUCUUGCUGCCUUUACAAAUCCAGUUCCUUGCCCAUUUGUACAAGAAAAGAAAGUACAUGAUUGUCCUAUGUGAAAACCAGAACACCAUCUAUGUAUUUCUUGAUACUACCAUAACAUCUAAGGACGUUCUAGAGGCAUAUUUCCACGCCGUUAUCCUUGGGAUUGGUGUAUCGUAUAUAAAAAACAGUACUUUCCUGCCAACAAAGAAAUUUGUGAAAGGUGACAAAUUCAAACAAUUUCCUUCCCAGUCGAAAAUGCUGAACAGCUUGUACGAAUCGCUGAGUUCGAAACAGAUCCAGUACCUGAUGGACAAACAAGGCAUCGAUAUUUCUGUACUGAUGACAAUUGAUAAUUUCGCUACACAACAUGCGACUGACUGUUUUCAAAACGCUGCUAUGAUGGGAUGGGACAUUGAGAAAAAUUUACUCAAAGUCGACAACUGGAGAGCUUACUGGGGAGAUCAGAGAUCAGCAAAUGAAAAUCCAAAAGACUUGUAAUUUUUGAAUAAAUUUUUUUUACCAUUUUUUGA